GGCCUCCGGAGAAAGAUGUCGGUCUCCGGGAUGAAGAAGCAGCUCCACAAAGCGAGCCAGCUGCUGAACGAGCGCCUGAUGGGAGCUGAAGGAACGAAGAUGGACGAUGACUUCCUGAAGAUGGAGAAGAGCGUCCUGGUGCUGCAGGCCCUGCUGCUGGAGCUCGUCUGCAGGACCACAGAGUUCCUGCAGCCGAACCCGGCGGACAGAGCCAAACUGAGCGUCCUCAACACCGUGUCGAGGAUCCGUGGUCAGGUGAAGGCGGGGGGGUACCCGCAGACAGAGAGCAUUCUGGGAGAUUGUAUGACGCACUACGGCCAUGAGCUCGGAACGGAGUCUGAGUUUGGUGGAGCACUGCUCGGGGUGGGGGGGGCUCUGCAGCAGGUUGCUCAGGCCCGGGAUGCCCUCGAUGAAGAGGCCAAACGGAGCUUCAUGGAGCCGCUGCAGGAGCUGCAGGACACAGAGCUGAAGGAGAUCAGGUUCCAGCUGAAGAAGCUGAACGGCCGUCGGCUGGAUUUCGACUACAAGCGGAGGCGGAGAGGGAAGGUCUCCGUGGAGGAGAUCCAUCACGCCUGGGAGAAGUUCAUCACGUCCAAAGAGUCAGCGGAGAGGAGCAUGUUCGUCCUGCUGCAGAGCGACGUCGACCAACUCUCUCGUCUCUCGGCUCUCGUCGCCGCGCUGCUCGACUUUCACCGCAACGCGCACCGCAUCCUGCUCAGUCUCCACGGCAACCUGCAGGCCAGGCUGACUGCUGCCAGUAACAAACCGGAGCGACGCUUCAGACCCAAAAGGAUCCAAAUCAGACGCGAACACAUCGGCACCAUCGACGUUUACCAGCGCGACCCCCCCGGACCCCUCAGGAGAGUUCACAGUGGUACCGUCCAGACCCGGCAGUCCCAUCUCCUGUUACGCGGACAGUGCGCUGGUCCUGGACCAGCCCUGUUGCCGGGCCCUCUACUCUUUCCGCCCCGGUUACCAUGGCGAGCUGAGCUUCAGUGCCGGAGACGUCCUUCUGCUGACCAAUCAGGUGGACGCCAACUGGUACGAGGGAUCGCUCGGCAGCCAAUCAGGACUCUUCCCCGUCAGCUACGUGGACGUGCUGGUUCCUCUGCCGUUACCGUGAUUUUCCCCCUCCGACCGGAGGGGGCGCAGUGGCUGCGGCUGGUUUCUCUUCUUUUUCCGCUUGUGGAUUUAAACUUCCGCCGGAAGUCUGCCCGUCCUCUUCUACCAGGCCGAUCCAACAUGGGACGCGUCAGGACCAAGACGGUGAAAAAGGCCGCCAGGGUCAUCAUCGAGAAAUACUACACCCGACUGGGCAGCGACUUCCACACCAACAAGAGGGUGUGUGAGGAGAUCGCCAUCAUCCCCAGCAAGAAGCUCCGCAACAAGAUCGCCGGGUAUGUGACACAUCUGAUGAAGAGGAUCCAGAGGGGUCCCGUCAGAGGAAUCUCCAUCAAACUGCAGGAGGAGGAGAGGGAGAGGAGGGAUAACUACGUUCCAGAGGUGUCCGCUCUGGAUCAGGAGCUGAUCGAAGUCGAUCCCGACACGAAGGAGAUGCUGAAGCUGCUGGACUUCGGCGGUCUGUCCAACCUGCAGGUGACGCAGCCCCCAGUCGGCAUGAACUUCAAGCAGCCCCGAGGAGUCUAACGUCUGUAAAGUAUCUUAAUAAUAAAAACCCUCUGGGACAAAAAAC